CCUGCCUCCCGGCAGCGCAGCGCACUGCAGUUGAAAUGGCCGCCGCGAUAUCGUCGAGCCGCCUGUGCGACAGUAACCCAGCAACUCCGGGAGCACAGUCCAGCAAGGAAGAUACAGAGGAGACUUCAAAUGAUGAUGCCACAAGCCAGCCUGCCAAGCGCCGACGGAUGGGAUCUGGAGAUAGCUCAAAAAGCAGCGACACAACUCAGGACUUCAGCUCCAGCUAUUUUCCGGCAGAGAUGUUAACAGAAUAUAAGUGGCCAGCUGAUGACACGGGGGAAUAUUACAUGCUUCAGGAACAAGUUAGUGAAUAUUUAGGUGUGACAUCAUUCAAGCGUAAAUACCCAGAUCUGGAAAGACGCGAUCUAUCUCACAAAGAAAAACUAUAUCUAAGGGAGAUGAAUGUUAUCACAGAAACCCAGUGCACUUUAGAUGUAUACAACCAUAACAAUUAGGAGCAAGAAUGGGCCACUCAGCACUUGAACCUGCUAUGCCAUUCAAAAAGAUCAUGGCUGAUCUAAUUACUCCACAUUCCUGCCUGUCCCAAUAACCUUUCACCCCCUAGUUUAUUAAAAAUCUGCCUACCUCUGCCUUCAAAAAUUUAAAUAUUCUAUUUCCACCCCCUGUUGAGUAAGAGAGAUCCAAAGACUCAUGAUCUUCUGAGAGAAUAGCUUUCUCCUCAUCUCUGACUUAAAUGGACAAGCUCUUUAUUUUUAAACAGUGACUUUUACGUCUAGAUUCUUCCACAAAACAAAAAGUCCUUUUGCCAUGUACUCUUGUCAAGACUCUUCAGGGCCAUUUAUGCUUCAACCAAGCCACCACUUACUCUUCUAAACUCCAAAAGAUACAAGCCUAGCCUGUCCAUCCUUUCCUUAGAAGACAUCUCUCCCCUCCCAGAUAACAGUCUAGUAAGCUUUCUGUGAACUGCUUCCAAUGCAUUUACAUCCUUUCUUAAAUAAGAAGACUGAUAGUCUAUACAGCAUUUCAGAUGUGGACUCACCAAUGCCUUGUCUAACUGAAGAAUAACCUCCUUUACUUUGUAAUCAGUUACCCUUGCAAUAAAUAACAUCUUAUUAGCUUUCCUACUUGUUCAACCGGUUUACAAAUCUUUUGCAAUUCAUGUAGCCAUGUUACUCUGCAUUUCAGGUCUCUGCAGUCUCUCACGAUUUGGAUAAUAUACUUCAGUUUUAACCUUUCUGCCAAAAUGAACAUUUUC